GGCGGGGAUUGCGUGAUGACGUUGCGGGGCGAGGUUUCGGGCGGCGGGAAGAGGCGCUGGAGAAUGGAGGUGCAGGAGAGCGGUAGCAUGGGCGAGCGCGGGCCCCAGGCCCCAGCCCCUGCCCCGAGCAAGGCCCCCGGCAGCGCGGGCCACUAUGAGCUGCCAUGGGUUGAAAAAUAUAGGCCAGUAAGGUUGAAUGAAAUCGUCGGGAAUGAAGACACUGUGAGCAGGCUGGAGGUCUUUGCAAGAGAAGGAAAUGUGCCCAAUAUUAUCAUUGCUGGACCCCCAGGAACGGGCAAGACCACCAGCAUCCUGUGUUUGGCACGAGCGCUGCUGGGCCCCGCGCUCAAGGACGCUGUUCUGGAACUCAAUGCCUCAAAUGACAGAGGUAUUGACGUUGUGAGGAACAAAAUCAAAAUGUUUGCCCAGCAGAAAGUCACCCUUCCCAAAGGACGGCACAAGAUCAUCAUCUUGGACGAAGCAGACAGCAUGACUGAUGGAGCCCAGCAAGCCUUGAGGAGAACCAUGGAAAUCUACUCCAAAACAACUCGCUUUGCCCUUGCUUGCAAUGCUUCGGAUAAAAUCAUAGAGCCCAUUCAGUCCCGGUGUGCAGUCCUCCGCUACACAAAGCUGACCGACGCCCAGGUUCUUGCCAGGUUAAUGACCAUAAUCGAGAAGGAGAAGGUGCCGCAUGCUGACGAUGGCCUGGAGGCUAUUAUCUUCACCGCCCAGGGAGACAUGAGGCAGGCUUUGAACAACUUGCAGUCAACUUUCUCAGGAUUCGGCUUUAUUAACAGUGAGAAUGUGUUCAAGGUCUGUGACGAGCCGCACCCCUUGCUGGUGAAGGAGAUGAUCCAGCAUUGCGUGAGCGCCAAUAUCGAUGACGCCUACAAGAUUCUCGCUCACCUCUGGCAUCUUGGCUAUUCACCAGAAGACAUCAUUGGCAACAUUUUUCGAGUGUGUAAAACCUUCCAAAUGGCAGAAUACUUGAAACUGGAGUUUAUUAAGGAAAUUGGAUACACGCAUAUGAAAAUAGCAGAAGGUGUGAACUCCCUCCUGCAGAUGGCAGGGCUCCUGGCCAGGCUGUGUCAGAAGACAAUGGCCCCUGUGGCCAGUUAGAGCAGACAGCUCAUUGAUUGGGUUAUGAGAGCCAUCAUCCCUGAGAGACAGGAGUCACACAGCCUUCUGACUCAGGAGAGAAAUGCUGCCUUAGACAGGUAUUGGAGCCCACCUUCCUUUAACACGAUUGUUUCCAGCAUGUCCCCACGAGCAUUUGCAUUCAGCCUCAGACUUACGGAUGUGGUGACAGGGUGGAAGGCCCCAGGGAACCUGCAGGGCAUGAUUGGGCAUUUUAGCUAAUAAGACUGUACAGUUCUGUCAGCAAUGAAGUGGCAGUGCAAGGCCCCAAGGAAAACCAGCUUCCUGUCCCUGCACAGGCUCCUAGCAUCCUACAAGUAGAAAGGUGAUUUAGAUAAUAAAUUAGACAAGCUAAUGUCAGUUUUUCUAGCGGCCUGGAGGACAGGUCCAUGAGGUAGGAUUUGCUGUAAUUUACUGACUAGUCAUGUAGACUUCUAGAACAGCCUAGGGCAAUGAGCCCUUCGGAUAGAACUCUGGGUUCACCAAAAACGGGGAAACUCCUGCCACGCUGCCUGUUCUGUGUAGCUGGAUGUAUACUUUGCUUUAGAAUUCCCCAGUGAAUUUCAUAUUAAUUUGUAGGAUUGCUUAAUUUUUCCUUGUUUUAAUUAUGAAAAAUACCAAUUGUUCAUAAAAGUAGAGAGAAUGGUA